UACAGAAAAGAAAAAGACUAUUCACAGUCCCUCAAGUUAUGAUUAGCGGGUGGAUUGAUUAUUGUACCGAUUUGUUUCAGGAAAAGACUAAGUAUGUAUGUGUAUUUGCUACAGGUGUUAGAAACUAUGUUAACCGUGUACCCUAAAAGGCUCUGCAGAGCUACGACCAACUGGACAGCCUUUUGUCUCUUUGGGCUUGGCUCUAUGACAAAAUGUGCAUGAGAAUGCAUGUGACUAAGAGAGUUAUAGAGGACACACAUACACACACACACACACACACACACACGCCAUUUCAGCUACCGCUUGCCUCAUCAGCAGAGUGGGCUGGCUCGCUCGCUGCUGCAACCCCCCCACCCCCAUCUCUUUCUGCUAGCCCACAUCAGACCCUCAGCUGCAUCUGGAGCCUGCAGAGCAGUGAGCAGGAUGGGGACAGUGCUUCAGUAGCAGGCAGUAUGUUUAGUACAAGGCCAGAACAGCCAGGAAAAAGAACUUGAGACCACUAUCUUCCAACAGCAGGGAACCAAUACAGUACAAAGGGAACAACAGCUGGAUUGCAGGAAGAAACAACAGGAGAGAUGACAGACCAACACUAACAAGAAUGAGAGCUCUGAGCAUGCCUGCCUACUCUGCCUCUUGGCUGCCCUGCCUGCUCCUGCUGCUGUGUGGCCUGCUGGAAAGCUGGGUGCUCUCCAUCUGCCCCUCUGUGUGCUCCUGCAGCCGGGGACACCGUGUGGUGGAUUGCUCCUCACGGGGCCUAACCAAACUACCAGUGGGUCUGCAGCACAACAUCCACUUUCUCAACCUGUCUUUUAACAGCUUGCAGACCUUGGACAGCCAGCUCAGCCACUAUGCCCACCUGCGAACCCUCGACCUAUCCUACAAUCGCCUGAAGAGCCUGCCCCCCUCUUUGCCACGUUCUCUGUGGGAUAUCCGAGCAGCAGGGAACCACAUACGCUCUCUGGACAAAAAUGACACUGCUUACCACUGGAACCUGAAAGUACUGGAUCUGUCGGACAACGAGCUGGAGAGAGUGGUUUUCAUCAACAACACGCUACCAAGUCUUCAAGCUCUCAACCUCAGUCACAACAGGUUUUGGACUGUACCCACAAAUAUGCCACACAACCUGGAGAGCAUUGAUUUGUCACAUAACUAUCUGGUGCAGAUCCUGCCUGGAUCAUUGGAUCGGCUACCAAGGCUGACUCAGUUUUACUUGCACGCUAAUCGCUUCUCCUGGUUGUCAGAGGGGAUCUUUGACAAGCUGAGGGUGCUGGAGACGAUAACUCUUGGGGAUAAUCCCUGGGCUUGUGAAGAAGAAGAAAACAUAACAAAGCUCCUGAGAUGGGCUGAGCAAACCCGCGCAGCUGUCUUUGGCUGUCCCUGUUAUACAAGACCGAUCUGUGGACAAACCCAUGUGGCAACACCGAGGAGUGAGUGGCACUCUGCACUGUUAACAGAGCCACCACUCUGGGUCAGCAGCAGAGGAGAAGGGCCUGAUGGUCAGUUCCCUGCAAGAACUGGAGAGGUAACGUCUAGUUCCCAGGCAAAAUCUGCACUUUUUGAGACAGGAAUGUAUCAGGACAAAAGAGGAGUAAAUGAAUCUAGGUACCACAUGGUAUUUGUCUGGACAUCUUCCCCAAGUUUUGACAGUGUCUCCACACACAAAAGCACAACAGCUAGCCCAUGGUCUUUAACCAACAAGCCGCAAGUGGCUAACUCACAGAAUAAUGGUCAAGGACUGCUUGUUCAGACUCAACAAACUGUUACCUUGACCAUUUUGGUCAUGAUUACAGUAUUCAGCACCGCCUGAACCACCUUGACAGGUUAGAGAAAACUCGACUUUAGUGGAUUUUUUUGGAUGGGGAAUAUAUGACCCUUGUAACUCCACUCAGCACCUCCAUUUUCAUUUUCCCUGUCAAAACUGUUGUCACUGUUACUGCCUUCUCUCACCAUUACCGUCAUCAAUGCACCUGUACAUCAACAUGAAUUAUACAGUAUAAACCAACAAGACUUUAAAAAAAUCUAUUCAAAAUAUCUGAAUAUGUGGUUCAACUGGAGUGCAAAUGUCAACGUUCAACUCGCAGUAUAACUCUUGCACACUGACAGAUUGCUUUGCUCUAUACAUCCUUCAUAAUAGGAUGCUUGUUCUACAUUUGGCUGUAUGGAGCAUACUUAUACAUUACAUAACAUUUCUCAGCCACAUGGCUCACUCUGUUUGCGAGUAGUGAGGAGCAAAACAUCAAUACGAAAAGGAAAAAAGUUGCCAAUAAAGGGCUAGUGACAUGAAUAAUUUUGUGUUCCUGUCUGCAAUGGAAACUUAAUAAAAAUAGAAAUUUCAUGAAUUUCUCUGCAAUGAAUCCUUUAUAAUGCAAUACGGUAACAAAAAUACACUCCAAGAAGAAAAACCAAAGCACAUGAAAGUAUCAUGUUGCAAAAAGGCCCAUCAAAAUUUCAGUAAAAGCAACAACUGUUUUACAUUCCUUUAAAAGAUACUUUAGAAAACAAUCUUUGUGUCAUAUUUAGUGAGCUGUGACUGAAGUUACUGUAAAGCAAUUAAAACAGUGCAUUCAAAGAUGGCCUGACAACAAAUUCAGUAUUCCUAAG